CGCGGUUCCCGCGGUGUGUGAGUGAGCCCGGGCCAGGUUCCCCUCUCCCGCCGCCGCCAUGGGCUGCACGUUGAGCGCCGAGGAUAAGGCGGCGGUGGAGCGGAGCAAGAUGAUCGAUCGCAACUUGCGGGAGGACGGAGAGAAGGCGGCCAAAGAAGUGAAGCUGCUGCUGCUCGGUGCUGGGGAGUCUGGUAAAAGCACCAUCGUGAAGCAGAUGAAGAUCAUUCACGAGGAUGGCUAUUCGGAGGACGAGUGCAAGCAGUAUAAAGUUGUCGUCUACAGCAACACCAUUCAGUCCAUCAUUGCCAUCAUCAGAGCCAUGGGACGGCUAAAGAUUGAUUUUGGGGAAGCUGCCAGAGCAGAUGAUGCCCGGCAGCUAUUUGUUUUAGCUGGCAGUGCCGAAGAAGGAGUCAUGACCUCAGAACUAGCAGGCGUGAUUAAACGGUUAUGGCGAGAUGGUGGGGUGCAAGCAUGCUUCAGCAGGUCCAGGGAGUAUCAGCUCAAUGAUUCUGCUUCAUAUUAUCUAAAUGAUUUGGAUAGAAUAUCCCAGACCAACUACAUUCCAACUCAACAAGACGUUCUUCGGACAAGAGUGAAGACUACAGGCAUUGUGGAGACGCACUUCACCUUCAAGGAGCUAUACUUCAAAAUGUUUGAUGUAGGUGGCCAAAGAUCAGAGCGAAAAAAAUGGAUUCACUGUUUUGAGGGAGUGACAGCAAUUAUCUUUUGUGUGGCCCUCAGUGAUUACGACCUUGUUCUGGCCGAGGAUGAAGAAAUGAACCGAAUGCAUGAAAGCAUGAAGCUGUUUGACAGCAUUUGUAACAACAAAUGGUUUACAGACACUUCAAUCAUUCUCUUCCUUAAUAAGAAAGACCUUUUUGAGGAAAAAAUAAAGAGGAGUCCAUUAACAAUCUGUUAUCCAGAGUACACAGGUUCCAAUACAUACGAAGAGGCAGCUGCUUACAUUCAGUGCCAGUUUGAAGAUCUGAACCGAAGAAAAGAUACCAAGGAGAUCUACACUCACUUCACCUGUGCCACAGACACUAAAAAUGUGCAGUUUGUUUUUGAUGCUGUCACAGAUGUCAUCAUUAAAAACAACUUAAAGGAAUGUGGACUUUAUUGAGAGGACGGCAUCACUAAAAGCUACUACAAUGAGGCGUGCUGAGAGCAGACAUCACCUGCUGUCUCUUGGGUCAGCCACCAGCAUGACGGAGCCGGGGAACGGCAGCAGCAUGCAGAAUCUUAGCACUCUUUAGCACAAUCUUCUGUAUUAGGGAAUGUUGUUCAAGUCAGACAUUGGAAUUGGAGCACCUGCAAAGUAUGACUGGAUCAUCAGGGCAUCACUUGAUUUUAUAAUCUCACAUGUUUAGAGCAUAUUGAAGUUGAGGUGCUGCAUUCCAGAACUUAAAUAUGUAGCUGACUUUUCCCCCUUCCUUCAUAAUAAAUCACCAGUAGUUAAUUUCUAAGGUUUUUCUCAUCGAGAAGACUAACUAAAAAGUCUUACUUGUUUGCAAAAGAAUCUUCUGAGAACUCAGUCUUACCUAUGCACACGAUGCGACCAGAUGUCUUGAAAACAUUCCUCUUAGUAGGAACUGUUCAUUUUUAACUCUUGGAAUGGUCAGGAGUAAUAUUUCCAUAAUGAAAAUUCUUCCUGGUUAUUGGGACUACAUUAAUACAGCUUUUUUGAAUGAACUUUACGUUACUGUCACGUUUAAAGUACCAUGAUGGUUUCUAAAACAGCAGCCGCUUUGGAGAGUUCUGCAGUAAGACUCUCUCUCGCUCUUGUUUCUUUAAGCUUAUGGUUGAAGGUUAACCUUGUUUAUGCUGAUUACCAAAUUACUGGCUGAUACUGAUGGAACAUGAUAAGCUCUGCUUCUUGGAUACAGACACACCCAGGAUAGCUGUCAAUUAGAGAUGCAAACUGCUAAGUUGAGAACUACUGGCUUGCUGCUACAGAUCUACUAAAUUGACCACUUUGAUUCUUGCCUGUUUGUCUCAGUCAUGGGGAGUUCUGUAUAAGGUGCCCUUGUUUUCUAUCCCCAUGGCCUUUUUUGUUGGGAGACAUCUAAAAGUGUAUUAACAGUGCAUGCUUUUCCUUCGUACAUGUGGUGCCAAAUCCCUGUCGCCAUCGUCUUUACUGUAGCAGUGUUAACUGGAGUAGUCAUCCUUAGGCAGGAUGUUCUUUUUCUAAAACUUGGAUUUUGGGACUUUUUUCCACUUUGCCAUGUGUACAGAUUUUAAUCUGUUACAGUUGGCAGCAGUAUUAAAAUGGUGAGUAAAGAGUCCAGGAUUGCUCCUGUUUGUAACUAGUCCUCUCGGGAAACCCUGUCUUCUGUUCCUUUUUGCCCCUGCUGAGUGUUCUUUGGCCUUUGUCUGAGAGUGGGUUUAGGUAGAAGGGGUCUUUGAAAGUCUAGUUCCUUGAUGUAAUAGAUGAUCAGAUAUGGGCUGAGGGCUUUAUGUCCAGUCUGUGUACAAAUGAUAAGAGUCGUAAUCCAGCUUCCUGAUUCACGUUUUGCUUGUGCUGAGAGCUAUAGUCCUUUUGUACAAUUUUUAACAAAUGUCACUAAACACUGAGUGGACCACUGAGGGACGGCAGAGACUGCGUUUGAGCAUUUCAGAUCAGUAGUUUGAGCAGUGCCUUUGAGGUCCAGUCUUUGUGGAUUGGAUCUGUUUCAUCUUUUGAUGUUACCUCCUACUCACUUAAAGCUGGUGGUCAGAACUGCCUUGGGAAGCAAGCCACAGUGACUAGUGCCUUUGCUGGCAGCUUUUAACAUUUUUAAUCCUUAUGUGUUUUGUAAAAUCAUUAUUAUGC